CAUAUUUAUUUAUUAUUUAACAAAACUUGAGUCGUAUCGCAGGGCAGCGUUUCGUGAUAAUCUACUGUCAAACCGAAUUUGAAGGACUUUUCGAGGGAUUGCAGAUAAUACUGAUCCACACCAACCUAAGUUACUCGGACACAUAAUAGAAUAAAACUUCUUACAUUGCAUUACGCCAUUUUCCCCACUUUUCUCAUUUGUUUGGGUUGCAAUGUCAAAUCCCAUGGAAGUCUACUCUCAGGCGAAAGAGUUUUUAAAGGAGCAUGCAACGGGACUCGCAUUUGUCUUCAUAGCUGUAGGUACUGGCCUUAUCGCGACCCGCAGAUGGAUGGCUGGUGGCGUGUGCCGCAGUAAAGCCAGACUGGAUGGCAAGACGGUGCUGAUCACCGGAGCAAAUACAGGGAUAGGGAAGGAGACAGCUGUGGAUUUAGCCGGCAGAGGUGCGAGGGUUAUCCUGGCGUGUAGAGAUAUGGGCCGAGCGAACCGAGCUGCGGACGAGAUCCGGAACCGGAGCGGGAAUGGGAACGUGGUAGUGAAGCAGUUGGACCUGGAAUCGUUGCAGUCUGUGCGUGCACUAGUUGCUGAUGUUAAGACCAGUGAGGACCGUCUAGACAUUCUCAUCAACAAUGCAGGGAUCAUGAUGUGUCCAAAAUGGCAGACCGUGGACGGCUUUGAGAUGCAGUUCGGGGUGAACCACCUGGGCCACUUCCUUCUGACCAACAGUCUGCUGGACCUGCUGAAGAAGUCCAGCCCCAGCCGUGUGGUCAAUGUGUCCAGCCUGGCCCACGAGAAAGGAGAAAUUCACUUUGAUGACAUAAAUUUGGAUAGAGAUUAUGAUCCUAUGAAGAGCUACAGGCAGAGCAAGCUGGCAAACGUGCUCUUCAGCCGAGAGCUAGCAAAGAGCCUGGAGGGCACAGGUGUGACUGUGUACAGCCUCCACCCAGGUGUGAUCCGCACGGAGCUGGGUCGGCACCUGUGGCCCACCAUCGCCCUCUGGAAGCGGCUGCUCUUUAAUCCCCUCAUGCUGCUCAUCAAGUCGCCCUGGGAGGGAGCGCAGACCACCAUCUACUGCGCCGUGGACGAGAGCCUGCAGAACACCAGCGGGCUCUACUACAGUGACUGUGGCCCUAAGCAGGCAGCACCCCAGGCAUGUGAUGAUGUUGCAGCUAAGAAACUCUGGGACAUCAGUGCCUCAAUGGUGGGACUGGCCUAAGAAGAAACUCACUCACUCAUUCCCUCCCUUCCUCUAUAUCACACACACACACGCGCGCACACACACACACACACACACACA